CUUCUAGGAUCCUGUAGGACGGCAGUGCCCUGUUAGUGCUCAUGGAUUCAGAUGGUCUUCUCCAGUGCCCAUAUGAUAAGAACCACCUGAUUCGUCCAAGCAGGUUUCCAUAUCAUCUUGUAAAAUGCAGAGAGAAUAAUCAAGCUGUAGCAAAAGUGCUGGCCACUUGUCCAUUUAAUGCUCGUCAUAGGGUGCCCAAGAAGGAGCUUGACUUGCACAUGCAAAGCUGUGAGAGUAAAUGUCCUCUGGAGCCACUCCCAGACGAUGUAGUGAUACAGAAAGCAGAGUGCGUCUCAAGCUGGCAGAGCCCUCAAUGUGAAGAAAACUGGGAAGAUGAUUCCUCUGCUUCUACUCCUUUUGUUUUAAAUGAAUUUGGAAACUGUCAGCCAUACAGCUCACAUGACACUGUACAAAGGCAACUUCCUCCAAGAGCUACAAGUUGGGAACCUAAAAGUGACUGGAAACCUGAAGUGUCAAAUGGCCAUUUUUCACGCUUCUACACAAGUGGCUCUAGAGCAGCCAACCAUCAGGAACCUGUCUAUCAAAAUGAUGAAGAAUGGCCAAGGCUGGGCAGUAAUACAAAAGCUAAUCGGCACUGGAAGUAGCUUUGGGCACUGGAAAUAAGCUUGGUCACAUGAGGAUCGGGGCAACAUUGCAUGUUUUGAAGAGUUACAGAUCUCUCAAGACUUACUGGUUUUAAGUAGUUUUAAUGUUGGUGACAUGCUUUUAUAAAAUCUAAUAAACAUCAAUUUU